CCAUUCCCCCCCAUUUGCCCCUUCCCCUUAUGUCAGUGGCUCUUUGUGUGCCCCCAUUCCCUCUCAUGGCGGGACCCUUCAUUCCUCCUCCCACAGCAGGGGCUCUGUGUGCAUUCUCCAUUCCUCCACACACCCCCUUCUGAUUGGAUGUGGCAUUCAAAAGUUAUCACUUUAUACAUUCACAGAGAAAUGCCAUCAUGCUGAAUGGAGGACCUCACUACACUCAGCCAAUCAAAGAACAUAUUUAUGUUACAUAUGUUCUGUCCCUUAGGAAGUUGAGAAAUAGGAAUGUCACAGGAACCACAGACCACCUGGUCUUUAAAAAAAAAAAAAAAAAAAAAAAAGUUUUGAUUAGUUGUUAGUUUGUUUGUUGCCCAAAAGUCAUUUAUACUCAAGCAAACAACUCACUGAUAUUUGUUCCAUUCACACUGACUCAAAGGAAAACAUUCCAAGUGCUAAACUUCAUAGAUGGUAAACUUGAGCAAGAGAAGGUUCCUGCUUCUUUGCAAGUUGCUGGUAUAACAUGUUUAUUAUGUUCAAUAUGCUAUUAAAUGCUGACCAAGUAAACCUAACUGGACAAGUGUUUGAAUCCUAUGUUCUGGAACAUCACAGGACUGACAUCUUGCGUAUCUUAAGGGAAAGAGAUGAUGAGGGACAUUACCCAGUCAUUGUUGAUGCCCUCACCCUUUUUGAGACCAACAUGGAGAUUGGAGAAUAUUUCAAUGCAUUUCCAAAUGAAGUGCUCCCUAUUUUUGAUAAUGCAUUGCGCAGGGCAGCCAUGACAGCUCUGCAGUCUGCUUCCCAGGCUCAUGAUUUUAGCAUUAAGCAGAAUCUUCAUGCCAGAGUAUCAGGUUUACCUGUUUGCCCUGAGCUAACCAGAGAACGCAUCCCUAAAACCAGAGAUGUGGGUCACUUUUUGUCCAUUACUGGAACUGUUAUUCGUACCAGUCUAGUGAAAGUCCUGGAGUUUGAACGAGAUUACAUGUGUAACAAGUGCAAGCACGUUUUUGUGGUCAAAGCAGAUUUUGAGCAGUACUAUGCUUUCUUCCGUCCAUCAACUUGCCCUAAUGGAGAAGGCUGCAGUUCAUCUAAAUUCACUUGUCUCUCAGGAACAUCCUCUGUUCCCACCAGCUGCAGAGACUAUCAAGAAAUCAAAAUUCAGGAACAGGUUCAAAGGCUAUCUGUCGGAAGCAUCCCUCGUUCUAUGGUGGUUGUCCUGGAAGAUGACUUAGUGGACAGUUGCAAGUCAGGUGAUGACAUCACAGUGUAUGGCGUGGUAAUGCAGAGAUGGAAACCCUUCCACCAGGAUGUGCGCUGUGACGUAGAGAUUGUUUUGAAAGCCAAUUACAUUCAAGUGAACAAUGAACAACUGACAGGGGUUAUAGUUGAUGAGGAGGUUCAGAAGGAAUUUGAAGACUUCUGGGAAAAACAUAAGCGUGAUCCCUUAGCAGGGAGGAAUGAAAUUUUGGCCAGCUUGUGUCCCCAGGUUUUUGGAUUAUAUCUGGUGAAGUUGGCUGUAGCCAUGGUGCUUGCUGGGGGUGUACAAAGGGCUGAUGCUGCAGGAACUCGAGUGAGAGGUGAAUCACAUCUUUUGUUGGUUGGAGAUCCUGGCACAGGGAAAUCUCAGUUUCUCAAAUAUGCAGUAAAGAUUACACCACGAUCUGUGCUUACUGCAGGAAUUGGAUCUACAAGUGCAGAUGCUGCAUAUGUAUCAGGAACAGAUGUUUACCAUACAGAAUCAAUCCAUCUGGUCCAAUAUCCUGCCUCAGUGGCCAAACUUGCUUCAGAGGAUGACAGAGCCCUCAUCUUGCACCAAGCUAAAUGUGCCAUGCUCACCCGAAGGGGGUAGAUUUCCUUCUUAACAUCCCACCCUAAACAUGAGAUUUGAGUGUGUUUAUCUUAGUGUGCAUAUAUACAAAUGUUCAGCACAGAAUUAAAUUAUCCAGUCACGGUACAAACAAACAAACAAAAAAAUCUAGUCACAGUCUGAGGCACUAACCUGCAACAGUGAAUUACACAAACUGACUGUAAUCAGUCAGUUUGUGUAACAGAGUACAAAGUAGUACAGGUAAUACUGUUUAUUUACUCUAAUUACAUCCAGUGUCUCUUUAUUCUUGUCUGAUCCUGCAAUCCUUCCUCAUUUUAGUAACAUUACUGAGGUUUUUUUUUUCCCAUAAGUGUGCUUUAGAUCACAUUUUGAUCUUGACUUAAUUGUAUUUAAUUUAAUUCCUAUUAAAAAAAAUCUGAAAACUUGCUUAGCUUUGGAACAAGAAGGUGAACUGGCCCCAUUUAGAUAGUAUUGUUGACCCUUAUUUUUCUUUUGACAAGAUGACAGGUAUGGAUACAGCCAAAAAAUUGAUUCAUUUUUCACUGCCUCCUUUCUACUUUUUUAUUAAGAUACUUUGGAAAGUUUGUUGUUAACUAUUGAAAAUGUGCAUAUUACAGCAGGGUUUAAGACACCAGAAUCUCCCAUGUUGCAGAACCAUCUGCCCUCAUCUUGAAAGCUUAGCUUCCUUAGCAGUGUGAGUUCUAUGUCUCUGAUUCUUGCACACACACACUCUUGCCAAAUGGAAGACAGCAAUCUACACCAUCCCUCGAAGUCACUGCAUAUGGAUCACAGUACAAUCAAUUAAUUAUUAAACUAGUCAUGGGAAAACUCUGUCCCGGAGCUAAAAACUGACCUUUUUCUCGAAAGAAAAAACGGUCAUUGAGUAAUUCCUCUUACCCAAAUUGACAACCUUUUAUUUUCAAACCUGAUCUGCUUAGUUAUAAUAUUAUAAUAUGUUUUUAACCAAUGCAUCUUCAACUCAAACUAAAUGUCUAAAUUCUGCACAGAAGAAUUCUAAUUUAGCCAAGAAUUCUGCACUUUCAUCGUUUGCUCUGUCACCAAAAUUGCUAGAUAAAAUUAAGAACCUUCUGGGGUAUUGGUGAUUGAAAAUAGUUCAAAAGUAGUUUGCUGCUUCUUUGUUAAAAGCAAAGUUAACUUUGCAUAAACAAAUGAUACUAGAUUAUAGUAGUAGUUGAGGGGUUUUUUGUUUUGUUUUAGUUCAAGUACUUGUGAAGAAACUUGGAUAUUUAGAGGCCAAAACUUUAGCAUUUACACCAUAAAAAAUGACAGGUUUCAGAGUAGCAGCCGUGUUAGUCUGUAUUCGCAAAAAGAAAAGGAGUACUUGUGGCAAAUAAAUUUGUUAGUCUCUAAGAUGCCACAAGUAUUCCUUUUCUUUUUACCAUAAAAAUGUCAUUAAAGGAAAUGAUUAUAAAGUGAAAAAUAAAAAAUGGGGGAAAGAAAGGAACAUAUGGGAGAUUUAAGGUGAAGCUUUUCAAAAGUUAAUAGCAAAUUUGGGUGACCAACUCGAGGCCCCUUCAAGUGGCCUGAUUUUCAGGAACUGCUAUGCACCUGACCCCUGAAAAUUAGACCCCCGUAGGGUGUCUCAAGUUAGGCACACCAAAUCACUGGUCACUUCUGAAAAUCAUGGCCUUAAGUGUCUUUUACUGAUCCACAAUUUAAGCGUAGUUAUAUUGGGUAUCAUUUUUUGGGAAUACAUGGCUUUUCGCUGGCCUAAUUAUUGCAAUACAUGCAUUAUUCUGGUCCACUCUUCAGAUUGUUUUCCCAUUAUAGGUAAACGAUAGGAUGUUGUUACAAUUUUACCUCAUUACCCUCUCCCAUUAGCCUUCUAACAUCAGUUUAUAUACAUUACUUCCUUAAAUUUCCAUGCAAAUAACGCCCUGACCCUGACAAGGUGUUCCAAGGAGGCAGACCACUGUGCCCUUAUAGAACCCCAAUGACUUCCACGGGGGUCUGCCUAUGUGGAACACUUCGCAGGUGAACAGACAUGUGCCAAUGCCCUCCCUCUGUGCGGUGUUGUGUUCCAAAUAAUUCUUAUUUGACAAGUCAUUUUAAUGCUAGUCCUGAUUUAGUUUGACAAAAAACAGACACUCUUUUUAAGCUCAUGUUCUUAGUUUAGAUUGUGUGUUUUGAUUUUUUUAAGUCAAAUAUGUGACUUAUCAACUAUGUGAUUAUUCAACCAACUCUAAUCAGGACAGUCUCCACAGCCCAAAUUUGGCCCAUCUCCAGUUUUUGUUAAUAUGGAUAUCAAUUAUGAUAUUUGUGAUAUGGAUAUUUGUCCAUUAGGAAGUGGAAAGAGACCAACAACUCCUUUCACAUAAUCCAUAUAAGAUGGCAAUAGCUUCCGAUCGCUACUGAUCUGGGAAGAAUUCUGGAUAAAAGACCCUGUAUCCCAAUCCCCUUCAAAAGUAUGAUAACUAUGUGUCACCUUAAAUUUGUUUUCUGGGUCUUAUUUUUGCUUGAUUUGAUGGCUAGUUUUGUAUGGCUAAAGACAGUGAUACUUAGACUGAGGCUCACAAGCCGCAAGUGGUUCUUUAUUGUGUCUCCUGUUGGUCAUUGCAGCACAUGAUAUUAAAAUAUCGUGAUUUUAAUUAUUAACCAGUCUAAGUUAUUAACCUAUGAGGAUGCUUUUGCUAUGUUAUUAACUCAUAUUAUGUUAUUAUGGUUAGUUGAUAAAAUAACAAUAUUUGGUCACUCAUUUUGCUGUGAGAAUUACAUAUAUAAAUUAAAUAUUUCCCCAGCAUACUGUUUAAAUACAAAUAUAUAGUACUAUAGUAAAUACGAUGAAUUCACACUACUGUGGCUCUUUUGGGUAAUGCUGAUCACUAAUUUGGUUCCUGAACCACUGAGGUUUGAGUAUCACUGGCUUAAGGAAUUGUUUGGUUUUGUUUUUUAAGAAAGAAAGUCUAUUAUUAUGUUAACCCUUCUUUGAAUACAUGACCAGAAUAAGAACAUUUCUUACCUUA